AUAAGACCGCUGUGCUACAAACUUUUAAUAUUUUCAGGUGUAGGGUUUUGGAAGCCAUCAUCUAGGGUUUUACAGAGAAGCUUUCAUUUGAUUUCGAAAUGUUUUGGGGAAUCAAAGUAGUACCAGGUGAAGAACACCCCCUAAUUCCAUCUGAUGUUCUGGGGACACUUCAUAUAACUCAGGCAACCCUAGAUACUGGUCCAUCUAAAGAAAGGAGCAUAGUUCAGUGUUCCGUGGGAGAUAAGGAGCCAAUUUUCUUGUGUUCUUUGUCUCGGGGUAAGGUUGAGUGUUGCCCCUUGAAUCUUGAAUUUGAGGGGAAUGAAUCAGUAGCCUUUUCAGUUAUAGGCCCGCAAAGCGUUUAUCUCUCUGGCUAUUUUCGGGCUGAUUCUAAAGAUGAUGAUGCAGAACAUUAUGAAAUUGAUUCAGAUGGGGAGGAUAUUGCUGAGACUGAUGAAGAUGAGUCUUCUACAUAUGAUACUGAAGAUGAAUAUGACGACGACUUUAUUGAUGACAGUGACUUUGAAAUGUUUCCACCUUCGCCUGUCCCAAAUAGUGGAGUUGUAAUUGAGGAGAUUGUGGAGGAGGAGAAACUUGCAAAUGGAAGUAAUCAAUCUAAGAGACUAAAGAAGCCCCAAUUGAAUGAGUCUGAUGAGAACAAGGACUCUCAACAUCAAAUUGUUGCCAAGAGUGGUAAUGGUGUACAAGUUUUGGAAAGUGAAGAUGAAGAUGGUUUUCCAAUUGCUGCCUCACAUAAAAGCAAAUCCAAUGAUCAGAACCCUGCAUCAAAAGCAGAAGAAAAGACAGAUAAGAUCACAACUAAAGAAGGCAAGAAGAAGAAGGCAAAAGAUUCUGGUGAUCAUGCUACAGGCUUAAAAAGAAAGCUUAAUAGUGUUGUCCAAGAGGAUCAGCCAGAAAGGGAAGCCAGCCAACCUUUUGACUCAUCUAAGCUGUCUACUGAAGUUGUUACUGAGAAUGAUGUCAAGCGGAAGAAAAAGAAGCAGCAGAAAGAGCGAAAAGCUAACAAGGCUGGUAUUGGUGACAAGUCUGAAGUUCAUAUGGAGGAUAAAACCCAAUCUGAGGAAGCAGAGACCAGCAAUGCCCACCAGGUCCUGCCAGUUGCAAAUGAACUUGAUCAGAAGGUAAACAAUGAAAAGAGUAUGGACAUUGUGUCUGAUCAUGAUGUGGAUGAAAAUCACUCUGAGAAGAAAAAGAAGAAAAAGAAAAAGAAGAGCACUGGGGAUGUGAAAAAGGAGCAAAAUAUUACAGCUGUGGGAGAUGAGAAUCGAUCAAUUGUGGAGAUGGAGAAGAAAACUGAAGCCAAGCGAUCUCAAGUGAGGACUUUUGGAAAUGGAUUGGUUAUUGAGGAGGUAGCCAUGGGCAAACCAGAUGGCAAAAGAGCUUCUCCUGGAAAAAAGGUCAGUGUCCACUACAUUGGCAAGCUCAAGAAGAAUGGCAAAAUAUUUGACUCUAAUGUUGGAAGAGCACCCUUCAAAUUCCGUCUAGGUGUAGGGCAAGUUAUAAAGGGAUGGGAUGUUGGAGUCAAUGGUAUGCGUGUUGGGGACAAAAGAAGGCUCACAAUUCCACCAUCAAUGGGUUACGGGGAUCAAGGUGCUGGUAAGACGAUACCACCAAAUUCAUGGCUGGUUUUUGAUGUUGAGCUGGUUGCUGUCAAUUGAUUAAAACUCGCUCUAAUGCAUGAGGCUGUAUGCAUGUUUUUCGAGCUUCCAGGUUUGAAAUUCUUUAAAGCUUUAGAAAAAGCCAUAGGGGAAUAGAGGAGUAUCUGAAUGACAAAAUAUGUCUGUAAUACAAUACUGUGUGUUGGAUAUCAUGUUUCUCAAUUUUGGAAAUGGUCGUGGGAAAGAAAUGGCAAGUUUUUUCUUCCUCCUGUUUAAGGACAAAA